AUGAAAGUCACUUAAUCCCUCACAAUGUCAUCUAGAGGUGGAGUUCCUCCAAACAUCAGUGUCUCGGUCCUCCAGGACUUCCUCGACUCCUUCUUGCCCUCUCCCUCCACCACCCCUUCAUCUCCAUCUUGCAGCAUAGAAGAGUCCUAUAAGUACAUCUUCCUCCCAAUCUGCUACUCUUUCACAUUCAUCUUCAGCAUUUCUCUUAACUCUGUCAUCCUCUACCGCUCCUUUUGCCGGACCAAGCGCUGGAAUGCUUCGUUGAUCUACAUGGUAAACCUGGCCUCUACAGACUUCAUGUACGGCCUGUCACUACCGUUCCUUGUGACUAGUUACAUCAUGCGUGACCGCUGGGUCUUUGGGGACUUCAUGUGCCGCCUGGUCCGUUUUCUCUUCUACUUUAACCUCUACUGCUCCAUCUUCUUCCUCACUUGUAUCUCUGUCCACAGAUACCUCGGUAUCUGCCACCCAAUGAAAGUCAUCACACUGGAGACGAAGAAGGCUGUCAAAUGCACUUGUGUUGUGGUUUGGAUUGUAGUGUUUGCUUUAACCUGCCCUAUCUUCCGGUUUGCUCAGACUGGUCACGUGACAAGAUUGGCUGGGCUUGGCGGCAAUGCAAGCGGUAUUGACAACCUAAGCAAUGAGGUAUCAUUGAUAAACGCUAAUGCCAGCAAUGGUAAUUUGGAAGGGGUCAUAGAGGAGUACCAGAACUGUUGGGACGAUGCCAUAGAUAAGGAGUUUCCAGAUUACGUACCCUAUGGCAUCAUACUCCAUUUGCUGGGCUUUUUUGUACCUUUUUCCAUCAUUGCUUGGUGUUACUCUCAUGUUGUUCUGACCAUAUUUAGAACUCUGCAUUCUCAGCCCUCAUCUCGCAGAGUUCAGAGGGAGAAAGGGCAUGAAGAAAAGGAAAGACGUAGCCCUGCAAUAGCUGGAAGAGGAAGAAGAGGAAGUAACACAAUAUCUAGGGCACUGGAAAGAGAUGAAGGGAUUUCCAUUUUCCUUGGCAGCCAUUCCCCUUAUGCCAAUCGCAGACGUAAAUCAAUCAAGACUAUCAUCACCAUCACCCUGCUCUUUGCUCUGUGCUUCUUCCCCUUUCAUGUUACUAGAACCAUUUUCCUCCUAUUGAAAGUGACCAAGGGAGUCCCCUGUCACACCAUGACCAUGGUCUCCAUGUGCUAUAAGAUCACAAGGCCUUUAGCAUCAUUCAACGCAUGGCUCAAUGCCCUCCUUUACUUCCUGACUAAAGACAAAGGGGGAACUCACUGCUGCCAGGCAGUAAACACCACCACCCAACAACAUGGUGGGUUUCUAUUCCCACUGAGAAUGAUGGGAAAAGGAGAGGAUGCAGGGGAGGGAGAAAUGGAAGAUGAAACUGACAAUGAGGAGAAUAAAACAUUUCACAACAGUCUGUCAUACAUGAACAGAGCAAAAGUCAGAUAUACUGUAUAG